AUGGCGGCAGCGCAAGAGGCGUUUCCUCGCAACACGGGGACAGCCACUGGUGAAGGAGGCGGUCAGGCUUCUGGUCCCUAUCUUAAACCAGACACGCAUGGAGGUGCCCGGUCUGGCUUCCUCUCUACUCCUGCACCCAGCAGAGAACCUAGCCCCAGUGCGAGACCCACGAUGCACAGAAACGUCAGCGCAGCCCCGGGGCGACGACACAAGCCCCGGAAGCUCGUACUGUGUUUCGAUGGGACCGGCAACAAGUUCCAUGGGAACGAGAGCGAUUCAAACAUCUUGAAGAUAUUCAGAAUGCUAGAUCGAACUGCAGAUGACCAGUAUCAUUAUUAUCAGCCCGGGAUUGGCACCUAUGUGGUAUCCAAGUCCCUCUCGCACACCUCGCUGCGUUCCCGGAUCCGCUCGUGGUACAUGAAGAGCAAGGACAGUGCGGUGGGCUCGUCGUUCGACCAGCAUGUCGUGGGCGGGUACCGCUUCCUGAUGCGAUUCUACUCGCCGGGCGAUGAAAUCUACAUUUUCGGCUUCAGCCGCGGCGCGUACAUCGCGCGCUUCCUGGCCGAGAUGCUCGACUAUGUCGGCCUGCUGUCACACGGCAACGAGGAGAUGGUCGCGUUCGCGUGGAAAGCCUUCUCGCAGUGGCAGUGCCGCCAGACGGCUGGCGAGGGCGACAUCGAAGGCAGGAAGAAGAAGGCGGAGAUGUAUGAGUUUAUGACGGGCUUUCGCGAGACUUUUAGCCGCCCUGUCAGAAGAAUUCGCUUUUUGGGGCUGUUUGACACCGUCAAUUCAGUCCCGAAGUUUGAGACAGCCUGGAUGCAGAGGAGUAAGUUCCCGUACACGGCGCGCAGUUCGGCCAAAGUCAUUCGUCAUGCUGUCAGCAUCGAUGAACGGAGGGCGAAAUUUCGACAGGACCUUAUGUACCAGAGCCAAGGAAAUAAGAAGCAACAACAGCAGCAUGCCGACCAGCAUGACAGGAAGAAUCAGGUGGUACAUGGCAUCCGUGAGAAGUACCGCCAUCGGCCAAAGCUAGGUCUGACUGAAAAAGGAGCCAUUACGAUGCACAAAGAAGACCGUGGCCGGCGGCGUUCACAGGCCGAUCAGCUCGAUGUGCCAGGACAGGAUGAGCUCGGACAGCCCGCGCCGUAUCGAAGGCACACUCGCUCAAAGUCCCGGACCAAGCGUAGUACGGCCGAUGAUGGAGCUUCUAACCUGUCCCAGACUGGGCCUGGCGAUGACGGCGAGGAGCCAGAAUCGGACGAUGAGGCGGAACAAGACAUCGAUGAAGUGUGGUUCGCUGGAGGCCACGGCGAUGUUGGUGGCGGGUGGCCAGUUGAAUCGGGUACCAAAAGCACUAGCCAUGUGCCACUUGUAUGGCUGGUGCGUGAAGCGAUGAAGGCUGGCCUGCAGUUUGACACUGAGAAGGUCGUUGCCAUGGGAUGUGCUGAUGUCUUGGAUUGUGAGCCUGCGCCCGCAGACCAACAGCAUACUGCUGUCCCGGACAUCCGCGUCGACCCGUCAAGCCCUCCAGUCUCACCGGAUGCGGAAGAUGAAUCCAGAUUGAACUUCACCAGUAACGGCACUGGUCAUACUAAUGGAGCUGAAAAGCCUCAGCAGAAUCCUUUCCAUGAGCUGAUGCAUAAGGCCCAUAUUGCUCGCACCCAUGACUCUCUCAGCCACGACUGCGGCAUGAGCUACACGUCGGUGCUGGCAUGGAAGAUCAUGGAGUACAUGCCCUUCCGCCGGAUGGACCUACAGGCGGACGGCAGUUGGAAACCAAUCCGCUGGCCCUUGCCUGGCGGAGAGGUUCGUGACAUUCCCGAUGACGUGAAGGUGCAUGGGAGUGUGAUUCGGAGGAUGCGUGCGGACAAGUCGUACCGCCCCGGAAAUCUUAUUGUCGGGGGUGGCGGCAGAGGGUGCAGGGUCGCACCGGAAGAAUAUGGAAUUGGUCACUGGGAAUGUAUUGGAAACCCAGGAUGCCCAGUUGAGGAGGUCUGGAAGAAGGGCUCUCGCAAGGACUCGGAUGCAUCGUGA